GUUUUUAUUUUGCUUUCCUUUGACUAACAACAUUGUGUUUUUUGUUUUGUAUGAAUCACUUAUUCCCAUCAGUCAUCGAGGGACAACACGAUUGCCUUUUUGGCAUCCUCGACUGAAGCCCUAUCUAGAGAGGACGACAUUGCACAUGCUGAGGCACUUCAUGAGGCUUGAUAUCGACAACAAUAUGUUGACGACAAUGGCAGCGAGAUGGUGCCCCGAGCGACAUACCUUGCACUUUCCCGAGGGGGAAAUGACGAUCACCCUUAGAGACGUUGCCAUCUUCACCGAGUUGCUGGUCACUGGAGAGGCCAUCAUUAGCAACUCGAGUAAACCCGAUGGUGGCUGGGGGUUGUUGAUUCUCGAUCGUUUGGGGUUCAACAUGCCGACCACAACGCCCGUCGAAGGGGUUGGGCAUCCACCACUCAAUGCAGGGUUAAUUUAGGGUCAGACACCCCCGAAGAUCAGGUGGAGCGAUAUGCAGUCAUCUACCUCAUUAGAUUGAUUGGUGGAUUUAUGUUCCCCGACAAGGCAAACCGGUGGAUACAAGGCAUGUGGUUGUUACUCUCUAGUACCCCCCUCGAAAAGAAAAGAAAAAAAAUAAAAAAAGAAAAGAGAAACUAAAAAGAGGUAAUAAAAUGGGGUAAAUAAAGUAGAGAGUACCACAAAAAACCAAAGUACUUGCUCUAGGAGGGGUUUCUUGGCACCCAAGCCAUCGAAACCCCCACAUUGUUUAGAACUCCUUCACUACCAAACCUUAAAGAACUAGCAAGAGUUGACCGAGGAAGAGUGCUUCAAGGUAGUUCAUGAUGGGUGAUAAUUGGAAGGGCUCGAUAAGGGUUUUCACCGAUGCUAGUGGUCUUUGAUUGAAGAGAAGGGUUUAGUCGAAACCAUAGACCCUUCGUUUGCCACCAACCAACCCUUUGAUUGAAGAAAAGGGUUGAAGAUAUAGAACCUCACGCCAUGAUUGCCACCACCCAAAAAGCCUUUUCCUCAUGUCCAAGCCAAUCGCCAUUCACCUGAACCCGUAUCUAAGACCUCCGGACGAGCUAGUGGUGACAACCAUCCCGUGAACUCUAGCAUUUAGAAGUUACCGCCGUGGUAUUGAGACGAUAGGGCCGAGAGUUUACGAUUGUGUACAUCUUUUGCACCAAAAAGGCCCCGACCCCACUGGUCUUGAGAGUGAGUGAUCCAUUCUUGUUUUACUUACCAUUUCAUACCCCAGUGAGGACCUUCGUUGCCUUUUCAUUUGUUGUUCGGACUUGAAUUCCAUGCGCGGUUGGUUGUGGUCGAUAAGUGCCCGUUUUGGUGGCUUUGAAUGUCGUUUGUGGUGGAUGUCGGUAUUGCUUGCAACGGUUCAUGUGUUGAUUGUCAAUAAACAUCGAGAAUUCCCGCUUUGUUUCCUUUGAAUUGUCCCCAAAGCCUUUGUGUAGGUUGAAAUAUUACCGUGUGCGUGCAAUGGUUUGCUUGGGGACAAGCAAACAUCUAAGUGUGAGGGAGUGAUUCGGGCCUAAUUGCAGAUGUUUUUCCCACCUUUUACUUAGAGGUUUGUGCCAAAUUCGCUCCUUAAAAGAUCGGUUUUAUGCUAGGUUCUUCAUGUUUGAGUGUGUUUCAGGAUUUAACAGGUGAAACCAGCCUCAGAGUAAAAACAUUGGCGAAAA